AUGGAGGGCAAUCCCGCAAACCAGUCGUGGCCAGCGCCAUGGCAUCACAUCCUGCCGUCGCCCUCGCAGCAGCAGCAGCAGCAGACAGACAAUGCAGCAGCAGCCGCCGAUGUCGACCCCCAUCACCAUCAGACGCCUCGGAUACACGCAGAACAACCGCUGGACUUGGACGCUUACACUACCACCGAAAGCCAGUCCUUCUACUCGGGUACAGAUGCCGAUUCCGACCGUGUGGCUGAAUACAUGGCGUCGCAACAACAACGUUGGCAUCCCUUCUCUUCCCUCCUCUCUGUACUUGGUAGAAUCCAUACUGACGAGAGGGACAUGGUCACAGAUAAAGAUGAGAACUUCCCCGCACAAACAAGUCCCCUUGUCCAUCUUCCUCUCGAACUGCUAGACAGCGUCUUGGACCACCUCUCCGCCAUUGACCUGGUCGCUGUCUCAGCCACAUGCCGUCAUCUACGCACCGUCGCCAAUUCCGAGUUCCGCUGGCAAGGCCUCGUUCAAGAAAAUGUGCCCUGCUACCGAGUAACCUCGUGCUACCCCUACAACUCGUUCCGCCAACUCUACAAAGCCCACGACCCGCGCUGGUUUCUUCCCAAAUACAAGAUAUGGUUCGCCGACGACAGCCUCUACGGCCGUCUGAUCAUCGCCCGCUUUGACCAGCGCCGUGGCUGCAUCGAGGGUUACCAGCUAGUCGCCUCGGUGCCUAACGACCUCUGGGACGAUGACGUCCUCGACAACGGCACCAUGAUCCGCAAGCACGACUUCCGCGUCGGUCUGCACCUGGACCAGCCCGUCUUCCAACUCGAUCCCGAGAACGAGUCCCCAGAAAGCGACAACGCCAUGGUCCGUCACUGGCAAGACCUCGACUUCGUCCGCUAUAAAAACGACCCCGCCAAACCCAAACCGCACUUCAAAGUCGAAGUCCGCGCUCAGGGAGGCUCCUCCAUCUCGGCCGGCUCCCGCAGCCGCUCCUUCCACACCAACUUCUUCCUCGCCAAAGCCCAGCCCCUGCGCAACGCCAUCCAUGACGCCGAAGACCUCAUGGACUCCCACGAUGUGCGCGAUCUGCUCCAUCCGGACCUCAGCCGCUCCCUUUCCCCACGGAACUAUCUCAUCCGCAGCACCAUUCCGGGCGUCGGGGGCGGUGGUCAUGGUCUUCGCACCGCCGUGCCUCAUGGCCUGAUGAACACCAUCCUGCGCGACAAGUACUGGCCGCCGCCGACCAUCGAGGCGCCGCACAGGGUAGCCAACGUCGGACCUGUGGGUGUCAACGAGGGGUAUAACGCCGAGGCGACGUCCAAGAUUCUGCAGAACCCGCCUGCUGCGCGGGUAGAGAUCAGCGAUCAUGCGUUUCACUUGAGGAGGUGGGUGGAGUUUGGACGGGUGAUGAGGGCGCAUAUUGGCGAGGAGCUGGUGACGUAUUCGACGCUAGAUGCGAAACUAUACACGCCCACGCCUGAGAAGCCGUACAGGGGCAUUUUCGUCGGGCAUUAUGGGCCGCAUGGGUGCGAGUUUAUCUUGAUGCAUCAGCCUGAUGAUGGUGAGGCGGCGGAGACUGUUCAAAGGAAAGAGGAUGAGACAGAUGAGGAGUUUACGAGGAGGAAUCAGGAGGCUAAGGUGUAUAGGGGUGGGUUGGCGGGGAUUAAACUUACUGGUGAUCCGAAUGUGCCUAGGGGAGAAUACACAUUUGUUGCGAAGGAUAUUGGAGAUGAAGGGUUCGUGAAGGUUGCGGAGGAGGAGGAGUUCGCCGGGGCGAGGGUGGUCAAGGCUAAGGGACAUGUGGCUGAACAUAACUUUCGGGAUGACGACUGGAUAGACUGCGACCUCUUCCUCGCCUCUCACAACCGCCUCGCUCUCCACUGGCACCGCUGGGAUAUGACGAGCGUUUUUGAAAGGGUCGAUAUCGACAAGUUUAUCGUUCCUGAGUAA